AUGAGAAUGAGAGUGACAGAGAGGGAGAUAGUCAAUCACAUACAAAUUGGGACUCCAUUGGUCUUCAACGAAUUAGGGGCUCCAGUGGAAUUCAACCCAGCAACUCUAAUGGCCACAGACAAUUACUCUGAAAAUGGUGGUGGUGCCAGGUCUGGUGGUUUGGUGGUUUUGAAUGGUGGUGGUGCGGGGGGAUGUGGGACAGUGAUGGUCAAAGUGGUGGUGUGCUUUGUGAUGGUUCGGGAUGGGGGUAGUCGUGGUGGUGGUAAGGGAUGUGGGUGGAAUGGGAUACAACAAAGGCUUAACUCAUGGCAAGAUGGAGUAUCCGGCACCAACUGCCCGAUCCAACCGGCUAAGAAUUGGACUUAUGUGUUCCAGACCAAGGACCAGAUUGGCAGCUUCUUCUACUUCCCCUCCAUCAACUUCCACAAGGCCGGUGGUGGUUUCGGCCCCAUCCGUGUCAAUAAUCGGGUUGUCAUCCCAGUACCAUUUUCUCAACCCGAAGCCGAUUUCGACCUGCUCAUAGGGGAUUGGUAUAAGCAGAAUUUCAAGGAUGUUAGGUCCAAGUUAAAUACCACCUCUGAGGCCUAUGAUAGUUCGCCCGAUAGUAUGCUUAUGAAUGGCAAAGGCUCAUAUUUGGAUCCACUUGCAAAAGCCCAUGAAUCCUUUACUGUCACACCAGGGAAGACAUAUCGAUUCAGGAUCUCCAACGUUGGCAUAGCAUGGAGUAUCAAUUUUAGGAUCCAAAACCAUCGGAUGGUUCUGGUUGAAACCGAAGGAUCGUACACCAAUCAAAUACCGUUGGAUUCUCUCGAUGUGCAUGUCGGCCAGUCCUACUCUGUUCUCGUCACAGCCGAUCAAAAUGCAGCUGAUUAUUACAUUGUUGCAAGUCCUAAACUGGUGAAUGUCACUGAACAUAGUCCUCUUGUGGCUGUUGGUGUGUUGCACUAUGACAACUCCACCAUACCUCCUAAUGGGCCUUUACCUAUAGGGCCAGAUCCAUUCGACCGCGAAUUCUCGGUCCNCAUGAUUUCAAAAUCCACCAAAAUAUGUCACUAUCCAAAACGAAUUGGGAAUAGGAAGCCUACAAAAUUUCAAGUACUAUAA